CACUGACUCUGAAAUGUCUUUGAUGUGGUAGCAUAACCAAGCAGGCUGUGUGGGUUUGCUCCGUCUUCUGAGAAGGCUUCUUUGCCACUUUGGAUGAACCCAUUGAAUUUGGACCACGAUUAAAGAAUGGCUCAGGUUCUGCACAUGGAGACGGCUUUCCCAGGGAAGGCCAAUCCCACCUCUGCUGCAGCCUUCCAUGGGAAGGAGCAAGAUUUGUCCUAUUCAGUGGAGACCCCCUAUGGCUACCGCCUGGACCUGGACUUUCUCAAGUAUGUGGAUGACAUUGAGAAGGGCCACACAAUUAAGCGCAUUCCAGUCCACCGUCGACCACGCUACAGCUCACUGCCACGGGGCUAUGGCUACACUGGGUCAUGGUGGACCUCUACUGAAUCCCUUUGCUCCAACGCCAGCAUGGACAGUCGCCAUUCCUCCUAUUCUUAUUGUGGACGCAGCUUCUACCCACAGUACACCAACACCACGCCGAGCAACUUCAAUGCCCGGGUGGAGAAAACGUUGCUGGAUGCCAGAAAAAAGCUAGAGGACCAGGCAGACUCAGGAGAUGGGGAAAGGCCCAGGGCAACGGGCCUCGGAAGUCUCCAUAGCAGCGUAUCUGGCUCAACCAGCUCGUUGGUGGGAAGCCAGUGCCUCUCUCGUCAGACUUCUUACAAUGGCUCGCAGCAAGGCGCUCCUGGACAAUUCACACCAGUUGGUUCUGGGUUGUCCACCCCAGUCUCACCCACCCCAGGGCACCUCCAGCAUGUUCGGGAGCAGAUGGCUGUGGCCUUGAAGAAGUUGCGCCAGUUGGAAGAGCAGGUCAAGAUGAUCCCAGUGCUUCAGGUGAAAAUCUCCGUGUUGCAGGAGGAGAAGCGGCAACUUAGUGUCCAGCUCAAAAGCCAGAAAUUCUUGGGACAUCCGGGGGGUUUUAGCAAGGGAAAAUCCAGGGGGGAGCUCUACAUAGACAUCCCUGAGGAGGGGGCAGGAGGAAAUGCAGAAGAGGGCAGUACGAAGCUUGACACAGGGGGCAGGCUGGACAAGAAGGAAGUGAGAUCGGUGGGUGUGGGCAUGUCAGCUGAAGAUGGAGAGUUGAGUGGGGAGGUGGGGAGGUGUGAUGUAGGGGUGGCAGUCAGGGAGGAGGAGUUGGGGUUGCCUUCCCCAGAGGAAGAACGGCAGCGCCAAGCUGUUCAGGCCUUGUCCACCAAGAUUGCCGUACUAGAGACACAGCUGAAAAGGGCACUCCAAGAACUCCAGGUGGCCCACCAGAAACUGGAGGGUCAAGGCAGGGUGCAGGAGGACAAAGAAACAUCCACAAGCGAUGGUGGCCUGAGAGAAUGGGGUGUAGGGGGAGAAGGUUCAGAGCAAUGGUGUAAUGGGAGCACUCAGGGGCACCCGGAUGCCCCCAUUCGGGUAGAUACAGUCAAGGUUGUCCAAGUGGAAAGGGAACCAGAGAUUGUAGCCAGCACGGCCACAGGGUUGGAUCACAGGCCACAGAGGGCACAAACCCUGGAGAACAAGGAGCCAUAUGCCAGCCUCAAAGCUUUGGCAAGCAAAGAUUCAGGGUCUGAGGAAGCAAAGAUGCCACUCUAUGCCACAUAUCGUAGCGAUGAGGUGAUGGAGACCACUUUUCCGGUUCAUGCCGGUCCGGUGACCACAGCUACCACCUUCCACUCUGUGAAAAAGAUCAGCAUCGUCGGCACUGAGGAGGUUGGAAACGGAAAGCAAGAAACAACUGAGCCCCACGGGUCAUUAGAGAGAAAUGAGCACUCUGUUACAGACCCCCUCCAGGCAGAGCAAAUGGCCCCCUGCCUGUCCCAGGAGCCUAAACUAGAUGCACCAAGUGAGGGAGAAGACCAAGGGAUCCGGUCCAUCAUGAAGAAGAAGGAGGAACCUACAGAGAUUCUGGCCAGCAAGAAGAGCCUCCAGUUUGUGGGCGUCAAUGGCGGGUAUGAGUCCACUUCCUCCGACGACUCCAGCACAGCUGAGAACGUCUCGGACAAUGAGAGCACUGAGAGUGAAUACCAUGAAGCGAGCGAGGGGCUCCCUGCAGCACAGGCAACGAUAGCGGAGCCUCCAAAGCCUUCUGGGACAGCUACAUCUCACUCUGGAGUCCCCACCGCGGGGGAGAAUUUGCCAGCCCCAGCAGGCCCCAGCAAGGAACCAGCAGCCAAAUCUGGGAUGGGACUCAGCAAGGAGCUCCUUUCAGCCUGUGAAUUCCUUCAGAAAUACCUAGAGAGCCCCAGUGCACACAUGGAUGAAGAAAUGAAAUUGGCUUAUACUGCAGUGCUCCACUAUUGGCUGAGGCUCUCCUGCCACAAAGAAGCAGAUCCCGAAUUGGUCGCUCUGCACUUGGCUGCUUUCCAGGCCAUCUCCCCACAACUACUGGAGUUCAUAAUCAACAUGGCCGAUGCCAACGGGAACACAGCCUUGCAUUACACCGUCUCACAUUCCAACUUCCCUGUGGUCAUAAAGCUUCUUGAAACAGGUUUAUGCCACGUGGACCAGCAGAACAAAGCUGGUUACACAGCCAUCAUGCUGACAGCACUGGCUGCCUCCCGCUCAGAGAGUGAUAUGGAGACCAUUGUGCAGCUGCUGAAAAUGGGCAACGUUAAUGCCAAAGCCAGCCAGGCUGGGCAGACGGCUCUCAUGUUGGCUGUCAGCCACGGGCGUCUUGAUAUGGUGCGCGCCUUGCUAGCCAGCGCAGCAGAUGUCAACUUGCAAGACGACGAUGGUUCCACCGCACUGAUGUGCGCCUGCGAACACGGCCAUGCUGAGAUCGUCCGCCUACUCUUGGCCACUCCUGGCUGUGAUGUUGCCCUCUCAGACAAUGACGGCAGCACAGCUCUCUCCAUUGCACUAGAAGCAGGCCAGAAUGACAUUGCCAUCAUGCUGUAUGCUCAGCUGAACUUUGCCAAAUCCACAUCUCCGGGGACGCCGAAGCCGCCGAAGCCUGAGAAUGCCGUGGUGAUGUCCAGCGAUACUCAGUAACACAACAUAGGAUGGUGGCAUUUCUUGCUAGCCCCAGAGGUUUUCUUGCUUCACUUUGAAGAAGUACUUGAGAACUUGUCAAGGACUAGGGAAGAAAAGCAUCUGAAGAUGCAUACUGCAAGCAUGUACAUUUCCCAAUAAAUGCCUGCCUGUUCUCAACCUCUCUUGCCCCUUCCAUCAGCUGGAAUCUCCCAUCUGCUACGCUACCCAGGGUGGUUGGUUUUCCAGCAGAGUACAGGCUUCAGGCAGCUGGUGUAGAAGUGCUGCCAUGUAGCCAGCUAAGCUUGAUCAGCCACGAUUCUGCCAGUUAGUGAGCCAAAGAGAAGGAUCGGUGAAGGACACAGCUGUGGAUGCAGCUUCUCAGCCAACCUGGCACGACUUUCCUGCUUCAUAGUUUUCCCAUUCACCCAAAUCUACUUCAGGAGCAAGGGAUUCUGCAAGGCUGAACUUCGAUCAAUGGCAGUGCCACAAGUGACCACUGGGUAAAUCCCUUGCUUUUAGGUGCCUCCAGAAAGGGGGCUCCUAGUGCUAUGAAUGAGAGGGGCAUCAUGCAGCCAUUCUCCUUUUCUCCUCAACAGACUCCCUGCAUUAAGGAGAAAGAUGAACGAAGCAGUGGGGGAGGGUGGACACAGGAGGGCUAUGAAUGGAAGGUGGACACACACACACACCCCAUAAAAUUCCAUGAAGGAGGCAAGGUGAUGGCACUAUAAAAGCCUCACCUGGAAACAGCCUUGACCUAGCUCCUCCUCCCACUGUAAAGUGGGAUGGUGUAUUUUUAAGAGGCCAAUGAAGCAACUCCACACAGAUUAGAUGUUCUUUUUCUGUUCUUGUUUUAAACAAAAGCGUCCCUGUUUAAAUAUGCAUUUACUUGAACUCAUUUUCGAAUGCCACAGUGGGUGCCCUGCUCUGCCCUGUGUGAUUCUUCAUUUGAGGAGGGUUUUAGAAGGGUUUCUGUUUUUGUUUUGUUUUGAAAUAAUGAAAUAUUGCAAUUCUGCAAUAGAACUAGAAUGAAUAUGUUACACUACAAUUUUGGCAAAAUGUGAAUUCUUUGCAAGGAAGGUCCCCUCUCCCUCUUUUCAAGGUAAUCACCAUGGCCCAGGCCACAGACAGUUUCUUUUGCACAAGGAAGAGUUGUGCAAGCGUGCGUGUGCGCUCUUGUGCCGCUCUAUUUAUUUAAACAGUUUGCACAGGAGAUGUUCUCCCAGUGAAGUGGACUCUUUGCCUAGAAUCGGAAUCCUCAGUCCUUUUCAGUGACUCUGUUAUUCUGUAUAAUCUGAUUUCUUGAUUUCCUAAUAUUGGACGGCUGAGAUCUCAGAACAAUACAUAUCUGACAUUGUUUGCCUAAAUAUUGAAAUAACACAUUACACACCAAGCAAACCCAUCCACUUUCGCAUUAUUAAAAAAACGCCAAAUUCAUUCAUAGAUGCUCUUAAAGAAAAUUGAUACCUAUUUGCUUUGUGAGUUGAAAAGUUCUCUUCAUUUAAUUCUUUAGGUUUUAAAUUCCAAAAAAAUACUUGUCUCCCCUAACAACCAAUGACCAGAAGGCAAGGGAAGAAAAUUGGGUUGGGAUGCAGGAUCUGACAGAUGGACUCUGCCCGUGGAAGAUGUGUCUGCCUGAUUUUCAGGGACCCCCUCCCCCACCUGCACCAUAGCUCACCCCAUUCAAUAAUUCCCCCCAACCCUCUGUGAAACAUUGACAGGGAGCUGGUGGGGGCAGAGAAGUCUGCAUGCUUAAAUCUGGAUCCAACCCAUAAUAAAUAAGAUGAACCAUAAUGUAUUUUUUUUUAUUGCCAAUCAUUUUGAAAUAACCAAAGGGUACAACCUAUUUUUAUAUAAAUAUAUAGAUAUAUAUAUAUUAAUAUACAAGAAAAUGACUAUAUAUAAAUUAUUUUAGCGCACAUUGUUUAGGGAUUUAGGGGAGCCAACGUCCGAAGUGUGGAGGAGGAGGUGUGGCUGGCUGGGCGAAGGGCUGCUGUCUUAGCUGCGAAUCUGCUGGCUGAUAUCUUUGCACAGUUUAUGUUCUGCCUUGUGUAAAAGCCAUUAGAAUAUAGUUGGUCUUAAAACAAAUGUUUAUUUGGAGCUGCGUGUCUUUAGCUGAAUCUUGUAUUUGGGAUUUGCCUCAUAUACGUGUAAUCUCUUUUAUGAUUGCUAUAUGAUAUUUCUACACAUUUAAAUGAAGUUAAUGCCAUUUAUAAUCAUAACCA